UAGAGAACAUGCCAGUGUUGUUCAACUACUUUAGUUGUGGAGAAAAGGAAGAAAGGAGAGGAAUUGUGAUUCACAGUAAAAGCCUGUGCACAAACGAGGAAUCAUGUUGGAAGAAUUCUGCAAUUCUACCUUCUGGAAUGACUCGUUCCUGGACCGCCCAGAUGCCGACUUACCUCUGUGCUUUGAGCAAACUGUUCUGGUCUGGAUACCUCUGAUUUUCCUUUGGCUUUUAUCUCCAUGGCAUUUAUUCAACACCUAUAAAUCCAGAACCAAAAAGUCUUCUUUAACCAAGCUCUACCUCACCAAGCAGGUGCUUGUUGUGUUACUCCUGAUUACAUCAGUCAUAGAGCUGGUCUUCACCAUUGCUCAGGGCUGGGGUCAGACCCCUGGUCCUGCUGUUCAGUACACUAAUCCAUGUCUCUCCAUCGUCACCUGGCUCCUGGUUUUGGUGAUCCAUCACUGCAGGAGAUGGUGCAUGAAGAAGGACUCCUGGCUAUUGUUUCUGUUCUGGAUUCUCUCUCUGGUCUGUGGGGUUUUCCAGUUGCAGACUCUUAUCCGGAUCCUCUUACAGGGAAGCAAUUCCAAUAUUGCUGGAUUCUGCCUGUAUUUCAUCUCCUAUGGUAUUCAAGUCUUUGUUAUGAUAGUGUCAUCCAUUUCAGAGAGGACUCCAGAAACCAAAGCAGCAUCAAAUAAUCCAUCAGCCACGGCUUCAUUUUUUAGUUCCAUUACCUUUAGUUGGUUUGACAGAAUCAUUGUGAAAGGUUAUAAGAAACCCUUGACCUUGGAAGAUGUCUGGGAUUUGAAUGAAAAAGAGAAAACCCACGAAAUCUCUAAGAUAUUUACAAAGUACAUGGAAAUAGAGGUAAAGAAGGCCAAGCAGGCACUGCAGAAACGGUGUCAGAAGAGGAUAUCCCGGGAGACGUCUGAAGCCAGGAUGAAUGGCCCAAACACUAGUCAGAGCCGAGACAACCUCGUAUUGGAAGACAUGAAACAGAAAAAAAAGAAGAAAGAGUCAAUAUCUGGAACCACUGAAGACUUUGCCAAGUCCUGGUUGAUGAAAGCCCUGUUUAAAACUUUCCGUGGUAUUUUGGCAAAGUCCUUCAUAUACAAGCUGAUUCAAGACAUCCUGGCGUUUGUGAGUCCUCAGCUCCUAAAGCUGAUGAUCUCAUUUGCUAGUGACCUCUCAACAUAUGUGUGGAAAGGCUACGUGUACUCUGUCCUCUUCUUUGUGGUGGCCCUCAUCCAGUCCUUCUCCCUCCAGUGGUACUUCCAGUACUGUUUCGUCCUGGGCAUGACUGUGCGGACGACCCUCGUGGCUUCGAUUUAUAGGAAGACAUUGACCAUCUCCAACAAAGCCCGGAAGCAGUACACUAUUGGGGAAACAGUGAACCUGAUGUCUGUGGAUGCCCAGAGAUUUAUGGAUAUGACCAACUAUAUUCACCUGCUAUGGUCAUGCCCUUUUCAAAUUGUGUUAUCUAUUAUCUUCUUGUGGAUGGAGCUGGGACCCUCUAUCCUUGCGGGUCUAGCGUUAAUGAUACUGUUUAUCCCCAUUAAUGCAGUACUGGCCACCAAAAGCAGAGCAAUUCAGGUUGAUAACAUGAAGAACAAGGACAAGCGUCUGAAGCUCAUGAAUGAGGUUCUCAGCGGGAUAAAGAUCCUGAAAUACUUUGCCUGGGAGCCUUCAUUUAUAGAGCAGAUCCAGGGGAUUCGGAAGACGGAGUUGAAGAACUUGCGGUCAUUUGCUGUGUUGCAGUCCUUUGUUGUAUUCAUCUUCAGCCUGGUCCCUGUUCUGGUAUCAGUGGUCACUUUUACUGUCUAUGUCCUGGUGGAUGAGAAUAAUGUUUUGGAUGCACAAAAAGCCUUCACUUCUAUCACUCUGUUUAACCUACUCCGUUUCCCCCUGGCCAUGAUCCCAAUGUUGAUUAGUACCCUACUCCAGGUUAGUGUUUCCACUGAGCGUCUGGAAAAGUACUUGACUGGAGAUAAUUUGGAUACAUCCAAUAUUGGACAAGAUGUCCCUUCUGGCAAAGCUAUUCAGUUCCACGAGGCCUCCUUUACCUGGGACCGAAGUAUCGAGCCAGCUGUCCAAAACGUGACUCUGGACGUUAAGACAGGCCAACUGGUAGCUGUGGUAGGGGCUGUUGGCUCUGGGAAAUCCUCUCUAAUGGCAGCCAUGUUGGGCGAAAUGGAACCCAUCCAUGGGCACAUCAAUAUCAAGGGCUCCAUAGCCUACGUCCCUCAGCAGUCAUGGAUCCAGAAUGGCACCCUAAGAGACAACAUUCUGUUUGGAUCCCCAUUGGAUGAAAAGAGAUACCAGCAGAUUCUAGAGGCCUGUGCUCUCCUCCCCGAUUUGAAAAUACUGCCUGCAGGAGACCUCACUGAAAUUGGAGAGAAGGGCAUAAACCUCAGUGGAGGGCAGAAACAGCGCAUCAGCCUAGCCAGAGCGGUCUACAACAGCUCGGACAUCUAUAUUUUGGAUGACCCACUCUCAGCUGUAGACUCUCACGUAGGGAAGCAUCUUUUCAACAAAGUCAUUGGCCCGAAUGGGCUACUGAAAGACAAGACUCGCCUCUUGGUGACGCAUGGCAUUCAUUUCCUUCCCCAAGUGGAUGAGAUUGUGGUCUUGGCGAAUGGCACCGUAGUGGAGAAAGGAUCCUACAAUGCUCUAUUGGCUAACAGGGCGACGUUUGCCAAGAAUCUGAAGCUAUAUGCCAAGCAAGGCGGCUCGGAAGGAGAGGCCACAGUUGGUGAUGGGAGUGAAAGUGAAGAUGAAGAUGACCUUGGAUUAGUACCAAGUGUAGAAGAGAUUCCUAAUGAAGCGGUCUCCUUGGUCCUAAGAAGAGAGAAUAGCUUUCAACGAACACUCAGUCGAAGAUCCAGGUCUAACAGCAACAGACGUCAGAAGUCCCUCCGAAAUUCCCUAAAAGUUGGUAAUAUGAAGCCAAAGCAAAAAGAAAAUGAAGAAGUGGUGAAAGGACAGAAACUAAUUGAGAAAGAAGUGGUAGAAACUGGAAAGGUGAAGAUGUCCAUAUUCCUGAAGUACCUGAAUUCAAUGGGAUGGUGGUUUAUCACCUUUAUCCUCCUUGCUUACAUGGGAAAUUCUGCGGCUUUCAUGGGAUCCAACUUCUGGCUCAGUGCAUGGACCAGUGACUCCCAGACUUACAGGAAUAAAACUUAUCCAACCUCUCAGCGGGACUUGAGAAUUGCAAUCUAUGGAGUUCUAGGAUUUGCUCAAGGUUUCUUUGUGCUUUUGGCAAGUCUUCUGUCCACCUUUGGCAGCAGGCAUGCCUCCCGAAGCCUGCACACACAGCUGCUGGACAACAUCCUUCGAGCGCCCAUGAGCUUUUUUGACACAACUCCCACAGGCAGGAUUGUGAACAGGUUUGCCAAUGACAUUUCUAUGGUGGAUGACACCAUUCCUAUAUCCCUCCGAAGCUGGAUCCUUUGCUUCUUGGGCAUCAUCAGUACCCUUAUUAUGAUCUCUAUGGCUACCCCAGUUUUCAUCAUCAUCAUCAUUCCUCUGGCCAUCGUUUAUAUCUUUGUACAGAGAUUCUAUGUGGCCACCUCCCGCCAGCUGAGACGUCUAGACUCCGUCACCAAGUCUCCAGUAUACUCCCACUUUAGUGAAACGGUGACUGGUUUGCCCAUAAUCAGGGCCUUUGAGCAUCAGCAGCGUUUUCAUAAGCACAAUGAAAACCUAAUUGAUACCAACAAGAAAUGCAUCUUUUCCUGGAUCAUUUCCAACAGGUGGCUGGCGAUUCGAUUGGAGCUGAUUGGGAACCUGGUGGUGUUCUUUCCUUCCUUGCUGAUGGUCAUUUACAGAAACAACCUGACCGGGGACAUGGUGGGCUUGGUACUUUCCAACGCCCUCAAUAUUACACAGACCCUGAACUGGUUGGUGAGGAUGACUUCUGAACUAGAGACCAACAUUGUGGCUGUUGAGCGAAUAGAUGAGUACAUCAAAGUGAAAAAUGAGGCCUGCUGGGUUACAGAGAAGAGGCCUCCACAUAACUGGCCCAGCAAAGGUGAGAUCCAGUUCACUAAUUACCAAGUGCGUUAUCGCCCUGAGUUGGAUCUGACACUGCACGGGAUAACCUGUAACAUUGAGAGUACUGAGAAGGUUGGCGUCGUGGGCAGGACAGGAGCUGGGAAGUCAUCCCUUACCAACUGCCUCUUCAGGAUCUUAGAAGCGGCAGGAGGCCAGAUCACAAUUGAUGGACUAGAUAUUGCCUCCAUUGGGCUCCAUGAUCUCCGAAACAAACUGACCAUCAUCCCUCAGGAUCCUGUCCUAUUCUCUGGAAGCCUGAGGAUGAAUUUGGAUCCUUUCAACAAAUACUCUGAUGAAGAGAUCUGGAAGGCGCUGGAAUUGGCUCACCUGAAGACCUACGCGGAAGGCUUGCCACAGGGUCUAUCUUACGAAGUGAGUGAAGGUGGUGACAACUUCAGCGUUGGGCAGAGACAGCUUCUGUGCCUGGGUCGUGCUCUGCUUCGAAAAUCAAAGAUUCUCAUCCUGGAUGAGGCCACAGCUGCCGUGGAUCUUGAAACAGAUAACUUAAUCCAAGCCACAAUCCGAAAGGAGUUCUCCAAUUGUACAGUCAUCACCAUUGCCCACCGCCUCCACACAAUUAUGGAUAGUGACAGAGUUAUGGUAUUGGAUAGCGGGAAGAUUGUAGAAUAUGACAGUCCUGAUAACCUACUCCAGAGGCCUGGUCCCUUUUACUUCAUGGCCAAAGAUGCGGGCAUCGAAAGUUUAAACACAUCACUUUAGCCACAUCCAAAUGCCAUGAGGCUAGCAACACACAAAGCCUGAUGUAAAUAAAUAAAGCUGUACAAAGGACAUUAGCUUCUGAGCUGGACCAUCUGGAUCUGCCACAGGGCUGAGGCAUUGAAAUUCCCACAUUUGGCCCUGGAUUUCUAUGUUGGUUUUAAGACAUCUUAAAAUUCCCAAAAUAUACAGAAGGGAUUAGAAGUGAAGGAUGGUUGAUACCUGCUGCAGGAGAAUGCUGAGUAACAUCUUGAGGACAGCACCUAUUUUUUUGUUCACGGUACCUAGCAAGGAGCAGGUACUUAAUAAAUGCCUUUUGAUUAA